AACUCGGCACGUGAAGCCACUACAUCACCCAACGACAGAACCAUGGCCCAAAGCGAUCCUGAGGACAGAGAGUUCAAAUUCAGCUCAAAUCUUAGCCUGGAGGAGAUACGUUCCGACCAGCACAACUUCUGCAAAGAGCGCAACUGGGCCCAAUUCCAUCCUCCACGGAACGUCUUGUUGGCGCUGGUAGGAGAAGUGGGCGAACUCUCAGAGCUGUUCCAGUGGCGUGGAGAGGUGACAAGAGGACUUCCAGACUUCUCAGCACACGAGAAAACCCGCGUGGGAGAAGAGCUCAGUGACAUUCUGAUAUACCUGGUGGAUUUGGCAGAACAGUGUGAGAUUGAUCUGCCUCGGGCGGUGAAAGAGAAGAUGGUUAAGAACGCAGAGAAGUACCCAGUGGAGAGGGUAAUGGGUCGGAGUGAUAAGUAUAAUGAUUACCCCGAGUACCUUCUCCAGGAGGCCCCAGCGGGUGAGGAACCACAGCCAGAAAGGGAGGAGGGUGAUGGCAGUGAAUGAGAAAUGAAGCUAGAUGUAACAGCUCUCUUAAAUGUGUGUGCGUGUGUUGUGAAGGGUGAAUAUGGCAUUGCUCUGUGUGUUUUAUCAUAUGGGUUUUGUCAUGCUGUCUCCCUCUGUCUCUUGCCAUUGUUCUUUGUUUUAUCUCUCUGUUACCCCUUUCUUUCCAUUUUUUUCUCUCUUUUUCCCCUCUUCCUACCCUGCUGUUAAUUAUGUGACUCUCUUCCCUUAUUCUAUCUAUACCUUCUUCCCUUUUCUUUUCCACCUCCCUUAUUCCAUCCAUCUGACUUCUUCCCUUGCCACUUUUCCCUCCCUUAUCUCUUUUCCUUUUCUGUCCUCAAGCUCAAGAUCACACAACACAGUGUGACAUAAAGCCAAACUGUCCAUGAAGAGCAUUUCAUUUUUACCUGGUGGUAGUUAUAAAGAUAAAAGAAAUGUGUGUUUAAGUGGGACAACUCUUAAGUAAGAUUAACCCAUUUGUGACAGGUAAUGUAAUAUCACAUCAUAGUGAAUAAUCAUAGAUGCUGGAUGACACCUCAUGUCCUGAGUCUAUGCUUUGACCACCAAGAUUGUGUGCCAGACUUCAAACUGGACAGUCGCCCAGGUGUGAAGUGGUGUACACUAAUGCACACCCAUCCUCAACAGACUUUGCUGAAACUUUUAUCUGUCAUUAUUGGGUUAAGGGAAAAAUUGGGGUUUCCAAGGGAGGUAAAGGUAGGGCAGGAGAAAUUGGAGCAGCAUUAUUUGGUGGGAGGGAAUAAACAGACUUCCACCCAUUCCUUGUUGAUGCAGUUUGAGUGUUGUUACAACAAGCACCUACAAAAGGGCAAAUUGUUGUUGAAUAGUAUAGUUUUUAAGGAAAUGCAUUGUUAAUGUAUCUUUUUUUUUCAAAAGCACAAGAGAGAAUUGGUACCUAAUGCACAAGUGUAUCACAGUCAUCAUUCUUGUCUGCAGGCAAGAAAAGAGCAAAGGGUUUGGUAGCAUAAGGGACCUCUAAAAGAAUGCACAAGUUGUUUUCAGGUCAAUGAUAUUAUUUUUAUUAUUAUUUCUUUCCGGUUCACAAGGUUAUUUACGGUAUAGUGUUUUAAGGUCUUCAUUGUGGUUGCAUCCUUGCCAUGAUGCUGAACCUCAGUCUCAGCAGAAACGUUUAUACUCUUCAUAACCAGAGUGUUAUAUAUAUAUAUACCAUAGGUAAGAAAUUUAUAUAUUUUUUUAAAUAUUUCCAUUUUUACCCAGCAAGAUGAAUGGGUCACAUCACCAUUUUGAAUUUUAGGGAAAGGGUAUUCCAUUCUUCUCAUACAAGCAAACAUCAGUCACAUAAUUGCAUGCAUUAGGGUUCAUACAAAUCAACACUGGAACUGACAAUCUGAAAGCCACAUUAUGGAGAUGGCUUCUUUACAUGUUUGUCCGUGUUACAUUUGCUGCAAGAAAAGGAUUUCUUUCACUCUAGGACUUGUUUUUCUUCUGAAAUCUGAACUUUUUAGAAACAAAGAAUGUAGGAGCUCAAUAUGUCCAUGAAUAGGUCAUUACAUACCAAAAAGUUUGCUAAUCUAUGCAGAAUGUUCAGGAAAAAGUAGAUCUGCCCAGAAACAAGUCAAAGACUGACAAAGUACUUUGAGAACAGGAGAACAGUGCAUGCAGGAACCAAAAGACUGAGAUAAUGAGUGAAGGCUUAGUAGUUUGGGAAACAUCUAUGUAUGUUCCUGUACUGAGGAGGGGAGGAGUUCAAGAAUACCAUAAUGCACGAAUGAUGUGCUAUGUGAGCAUGUGAGUGAGCCAGAGAAUACAUCAGAGUCCAAGAUGAUGUGUCCUCAACCAGCACGAAGCAGUGUGUGUAGAGAUAAGUUCCGAGAUAAGUUCCUAGUUUUGAGUAAGUAAAGCAGGGUGUUCAACGGAUGUGUUCAUGAACUUUAUAAGUUUUAAGGCUUCCUCUCUGAAAGUGUUUGGGAACAUUAUUUAGUAAUGAAACCAUCAAAUCUAUGCCUUGGCCAGGAGGCUUGGAGAUGA